AUGACCGGCAAACGGCGUCUGGACAUCAUCAUGAACCAACUGGGCCCGGUGCCUGAUGCGAAGAAACUGCUGCUCCAGCGAUCCCCGUCCGACGUGGUCAUUACCGUAGCGACGCGCACUCCGCUUACGAAAGCUAAAAAGGGAGGACAAAAAGACACGUCGGUCGAAGGGCUUCUCAUCGCAAUCCUCUCUGCAGUGCGUGAAAAGAGCUGUAUCGAUCCAGCCCUGGUACAAGACGUCUGUGUGGGCAACGUGCUGGCGACGGACCAAGCAUAUCUGGCCCGCGCCGCCGUCUUGACCGCCGGGUUUCCCGAGACGACCGCAUCCUCGGUGUGCAAUCGAUUCUGCUCUUCCGGUCUGCUAGCCAUUCAGUCCAUCGCCAACCAGAUCAUCACCGGCGCCAUCGAAGUCGGGAUCGCCGUGGGCGCUGAGAGUAUGUCGACGACACCGGACAAUGGCAGUCCGCCCAUGAAUGAAAAAAUCAACUCCCACCGGCUGGCAGGCCAAAUCCAACAGCCAAUGGGCCAGACGAGCGAGAACGUGGCGGCCGAAUUCAACAUCUCCCGGGCGAAAAUGGACCAGUACGCCGCGGAGAGCUUUCAGUUGGCCGAGAAGGCCCAGCGAGAGGGAUGGCCUGCGGAUGAAAUCACACCCAUUAGCGUGCGCUUCAAGAAUCCCGCAACGGGAGAAUUUGAAACCCGCAUCGUCUCCGCCGACGAUGGUGUGCGCUUUGGCACGACGGCCGAGUCCCUGGCUAAGAUCCGGAGUGCUUUUCCCCAGUGGCCUCCAGGCCACACGACCGGCGGCAACGCGAGCCAGAUCACAGACGGCGCCGCGGCCGUCCUUCUGAUGAAACGUUCCAAAGCGGAAAAGUUCGGCCUCCCUAUCCUGGGACGCUUUGUCGGUGCCACCGUCGUCGGGUUGGAACCGCGCAUCAUGGGCAUCGGCCCUAGCCUCGCCAUCCCCAAGAUCUUGGACCGCUUCAAUCUGUCUACCUCGGAUGUCGACUUGUUCGAGAUCAACGAGGCAUUUGCGUCCAUGGCUGUCUAUUGUGUGGAGAAACUCCGGCUUGAUCGGGCAAAAGUGAAUCCGAGAGGUGGUGCCAUAGCACUAGGACAUCCCCUCGGCUGCACGGGGGUCAGACAGGUGGUGACAGCGCUGUCCGAGCUGAGAAGACAGGGCAAACGUCUCGCGGUCACUUCAAUGUGUGUCGGUACAGGCAUGGGCAUGGCUGGGAUAAUUACUUCGGAGGCAUAA